AUGACCUUGGGUCCGUCUCGACUAUCAUACUCUGGAAGAGAGGCUCUGGCGUUCAUCACUUUCUUGCGCAAAUGCGCGCAGUCCCCUUUGCGUAACAGAUCAUUUACGACUAAAGCUAUGGACUGGUCCGCGACGGUCUUAUCUGCUUCUUCAUCCGACACGGAGCCAACAGUCGUGGUCACGUUUGAUUCUGCAAAAUACAUCUUCAAUGCGGGUGAAAACACCAAUCGCGCUUUCUUGCAGAGCCGACGCAAUUGGAAACGCUCGAGAGGGAUAUUCUUCACUUCUAUUGGUACGGAAAGAGCGAGUGGUCUAGCAGGGCUUCUCAUGACACUCGCCGACGCGACUAUUCCGAAGCUAGAUAUCGUCGGGCCUCCUGGAACAACACACUUUCUGGCUGCCAUGCGAUCAUAUACGUUCAGAGACGCGAUGCCAGUCAAUCCCAUUGAGGCAUCUUUAUCGCUUUCCCAAGAACACUUAUACAAAGAUGAAAAUAUUACAGUAUACAGCAUACCCAUCAUACCCACACUCUCAGCCCUAGACGGCGCGUUAACUAUGUCAAAAAGGAAGCGCGAUGCAUCUCCUAGCUCGCCUGUUAAACGCGCCCGAGUCGAGGAGGGAACACCCCCAAAAAGCUACGAGACGUUAUCCGAAGCCCUUAAUGACCCAAAACUGUGCCCCGUCCGGCUAGAAGGUCCUGUCGCGCACGAGUAUCGAAAGCUCAUGGUCAAAACUAUGUUUCCUGCCUCCCAAAAGUCCUCCAUAUCUAGCCCAUCACAAAAGUCUGGUAAGAGGAAGGGGAAAGCGACAGACAUCGCUGUCGAUACGUUACCAGAGGUAGAUAUAUACAGGCGGCCCCGUAUACCCAAUGGUUUUCAUCAGCAAUUGCCUCGAUUCGCGUACGACGUCCCGGUGAACGGGCCUCCUACGCUUGCGUACAUUAUUGCUGGUCCGCGCAUACGAGGCAAGUUUGACGUCAAGCGUGCGGAAGCUCUUGGUGUUCCCUUUGGCCGACUACGAGGUCAACUGACGAAAGGACAAGCGGUAACUUUUGAGGUGAAUGUCGGGGACAACGUGGAGAAGAGGACUGUCCGUCCAGAAGAAUGUGUUGGGGAGAGCGAAAGUCCCGGAGUGCUGAUUAUCCUCGAUGUGCCGACUCCAGCCUACAUCCCUUCACUGAUAUCAUCCUUCACCACCUCAUCCACCUUCGCCAGAUUCCGCUCUCAUCAACCUGAAGACGCCAAAGAAUAUAACGUACGAACUGUAUUCCAUCUUUGCGGCAAGGGAGUUUUGGAAGAUGCUCGGUACAUCGAAUUCAUGAAUGGCUUUUCUCCAAGUGUUCACCACGUCGUAUCGUCCAAAGACUUCACCGCAGACCCAGUCACGUUUACCAGCGUUGCCUUCAACCAACUUAGGUUGAAUCAACUUGAUCAGGAGAUGUUCCCCCUCCCUCACUUUUCUCUCGAAGCUAGAAGAACACUCUCUACGUUGCCGAAUCUUCCCAAGCAAACCAUCCCCUUGAAGGCGAGCCUCUUCAUCAAAAUGCGUCCCUUCUCGCCGCCCACCGUAGAUGCUAUAUAUUCUUCUCAAGACUUGCCCACACACGAUCUGUUCCAUCCCGCUGUGACAGCUCAGACAUCCACGAACGUCCCUCUUCCCCUUCCCCCAUCGACGCUCGAGAAAUUCGAAGUCGCCCGCUCCCUGGUAGGUGAUAGCAUCGGCCACGUUACACCAGGCUCGGGCACCGAGAAAGCCAAUGAUGUAAUUGUCACUCCUUUAGGCACCGGCAGCGCGCUUCCAACGAAAUACAGGAAUGUUUCCUCUACGCUCAUUCGGAUCCCGAAGUGGGGGAGUAUAUUGCUUGACGCUGGAGAGGGUUCCUGGGGGCAGCUCAUACGACUAUUCGGCGCACCGAACCCAGAACGUGCUGGGCAGGAUGUGGAGAAUGUUGAGACUUUCCUGAGGGACCUUAGAUGUCUCUUUGUCAGUCACAUACACGGAGACCACCACAUGGGUGUCGCCAAAAUACUCGCAAAACGGAGACAGCUGGAUCCGCCGCCGACCCAGCCUCUAUAUCUGGUGGCCCUUCGUGCGGCACACGUCUACCUACGCGAGUACUCUGAUAUAGAGGAUCUCGGGUUGUUUGAUAGCUCUCCAAGCGGCGUUGUCACCAUCAUGUCGGAAUCUCUUCAUUGGAAACGCCCUGAAAGAUACCAGACUACCGGAAUGUGGCAGCUUGGGGGGAACGAACCGUGGACAGAUAUCCAACGGUCACAAGAUGCCGCACAAGAGAUGUGUAGCAGCCUAGGCUUGAAGAGCUUUCGGACGGUGGAUGUCUACCAUCGAACUCGCUGCUAUGGUGCUGUGAUUGACCAUGCGGAUGGAUGGAGCAUUGUGUUUUCCGGCGACACUCAACCCACGCAAAACCUCGUAUGGGCGGGGCGAGGGGCUACGCUUCUUAUCCAUGAAGCCACUAUGGCGGAUGAUCAAGAAGAAAUGGCUAAGAAAAAAGCCCACAGUACUUUCGGACAGGCAGUGGACAUCGGAAGACGGAUGAAUGCGGAGAACAUUCUGUUGACCCAUUUCUCUGCGCGGUAUCCUAAGCUACCUCCUGAUGCUCUUGCCCCAGUCAGCAGUACCAAAACUCCGACUGGGGGACUAAAAGAACCUAUAAUAGCUUUGGCCUUUGACCACGCUAACAUCAAAAUCGGGGAUAUGUGGAAGUUGAAUCAUUACAUGGAUGCCAUUCAGCAAUGCCUAAGAGAUUCUUCGGACGACGGAGAUGAGGAAGAAAUCACGUUAGAGUCCACAGAGGUCGACAUCUCGUAA